AUGUUUGAUAAAUUAAGAUUGAAGGAGAAAGGUGGUAAAAUUAAACCAUCUGGUCCAAGUGUGAAGCCUGGUCAACCACCAUCAGCUCGUGAAAUCUAUCAAAGUAGAAGGAAUUAUGGGGUGAACAUCGGAUCAUGCUUCAUUCAAGAGAAAUGGAUUUUCCAUGAUUUAUUCCACGGUAAUGCUUCUUGUGAAUUGGAAUUAGCAGAGACUUUAUCAAAGGAACUUGGUAAUGAUCAAACCAGAAGUAAGUUAGAAGAAUUCUGGUCGAACUUUAUGAAUGGUGAUGAUUGGAAUUGGUUACAGGAACAUGAAGUCACAUCAGUGCGUGUUCCAUUGGGAUAUUGGAAUAUUGGAGGAGGUAGAUUUGCUAAAGAUACAAAGUUUGAAAAAUAUGCCACUAAGCUUUAUACCAAUUCAUGGACUAUAUUCAAAAGCAAGUUCAUAGAAGAAGCUGCCAAACAUGGAAUUUCAGUUGUAGUUGAUUUACAUGGUUUACCAUUUGGAGCUAAUGGAGCAGAUCAUAGUGGAGAACAAUCAUCUGGUAAAGCUGGUUUCUGGGAUAAUGAAUCAGCUCAGUUAAAGAUGUUAGAUUUGUUUUCUUUCAUAGCUGAAGAUUUAAAGGGUUAUGACAACAUUGCAGCUAUACAAAUUGUCAAUGAAUCAGAGUUUGCGAAUGAUCCAGCUUCCAAGCAAACUACAUAUUAUUCUGCUGUUAUUAACCUGAUUAGAGAAAAAGAUAGCACUGUCCCAGUGGUAAUAUCCGAUGGUUGGUGGCCAGAUCAAUGGGUCAAGUGGGUGCAAAAGAAUCAAGAUGGUCGUAAUGCUGGUGUGGUUAUUGAUAGUCAUUGCUACAGAUGUUUCUCUGAUGCUGACAAGAAUAAGUCACCCAGACAAAUUAUUAAAGAUUUAAACAAUGACUUAUUAACCAAUCUUAGUGCUGAGGGUAUUGAUUUCAUGAUUGGUGAAUAUUCUUGUGUUCUUGAUGGAUCAUCUUGGAAUAAGGAUAAUGCCCAAAAUGACCGGGAUAAUUUGGUUAUAGAAUAUGGUAGACGUCAAACAAGUUUAAUUCAUGAAAGAGUUUCCUUUGGAUCAUAUUUUUGGACAUUCAAGUUCCAAUCUGGUAAUGGAGGUGAAUGGGAUUUUAAAACAAUGACAGAUAAAGGAGCUAUAAGUCGACCAUUUUCAUUAAAAGGUAAGCAAUUACCAGAUAAAUCAGUAUUUGAUCAAAAAUUAGACAAUUCGUUUAAUACUCAUUGUAAUUACUGGAAUAGUGCUAAUCCAAAUGAAAACUAUGAACAUAAAAGGUAUAAAGAAGGGUUUAUUACGGGAUGGUCCGAUGCUCAAAAAUUUGCUGAAUUUAAUGGGUCUACCAUCGGAAGAAUCAAACCAUGGAAAAAUUCAAGAUUGAAUGAACACCUCUCAGCUAGAGGUAAUCUGAAAUUCAUUUGGGAAUGGGAACAAGGGUUCGAUACUGGUAUAAAGGAAUAUUUAAAUAGUGUUUGA